AUGUCGGACGCUCCCUUGCCCGCUUUGUCAGGUGCCUUUGGCCAGCUCGAACCCGCCCCCCAGACCAGCCUCCUCCAAUCGGCCCCUCCGGUGGCGGCUCGCACGCCGGGCGAUUGGCCGAGCGAGAACCGGCAGUGGGCGGCUUGCUGCCCCACGGCAAUUAUUACUAUUAUUACUAUUGCCACCAUCAUUAACAGCAUCAUUGUCAUUUUUCUUAAUUAA